GUAUCAAGCUACUAACACACUGCAUUGAUUGCAAUAUUGCAUAGUGCAAACUGCACAUUUUAGAGUUAAGGACCAUAUAUUUACCCAAAUAUGGCAGAGAUGUCUACUGAGUCAAUGUCGGUUCCCAUCACUUGUCUUCAUGUCAUUGAUAACUUUCUACUUGUUGGGGAGGGUGGCUGCGUUCGCUGCUAUCAGCUGGAGAAUGGCCAGGAGCUGAGUCAGCUGACUGUGUUUACCGGUGCUCGGGUGCACGGCGUCACCGAACUGCCAGUGCACAAUGCUGACGACAGCGGAGCUCCGCCCGAACACCGUCAGCUGAUUGUCUAUGGUGGCAAACAGCUAUGCCAGGUGUCCCUGGACACGGGAGGAUGUCUGCACGUGGUCCGGCCGGCGGUGCACCUCACCAGCUGGCUCCUGGACAUCGCUCCCCUCCCUGAGGGCGCUCUGGCCGCCCUGGACACACACGGUCGACUUCUGCGGCUGGCCAGUGACCUGAGCGGCCAGGUGGUGCCACCGGUUCGCUGCCCCGACAGGUGUAUUCUGUAUAGUGGAGCGCUGAUGCCUCCGGCCACAUGUGCGGAUAGUCUGCUGGCCUUUUGUGGUACAGUAUUCUGUCAGGUGCUGAUUUGGGAGCCUGGUAACGGCGACUGUGACGGGCCGAUCCUCCACCGUCUGACCGGUCACACGGGGGUCAUUUUCCGACUGACGCUCUCCCCAGCGCGCGACUCUCUGCUCUCCUGCUCUGACGACCGGUCGGUGCGGCAGUGGCGGCGCGUCGGCGGCGAUUGGCUGCGCGCCGCGCCCGCCGCCGCCGGCGCCCUGUUCGGUCACGAGGCACGCGUCUGGUCGGCGCUGCCCGUGGGCUCCGGUCGUGUCGUCAGUGUGGGUGAGGACUCGCGGGUGUGUCUGUGGUCGCCGGAGGGCCGGCUGGUGCGGAGGUGGCGCGCUCACGCCGGUGCCAGCGUGCGUGCAGCCGCGGCGGACCCGGCCGGCCGCUGGCUGGUCACCGGCGGCGGUGACGGCGCGGUGCUGGUAUGGCCGCUGGUGGGUCCGCCGGCGCCGGCCAGCCUGCUCGCGGCGCCCGCCGGGGACAGAGCCCGCACGCUGCGGUCGCUGGACGGACACAGACAACUGCUCGUCACGGACGCCGGCCGGUUGCUGCUGCUGAGACGGGGCGGAGACGGAGGGGUGACCAGUGAGCUGGUGCUGCACGACCCGCGACUGGCCAGCUACGCUCUGCUGGCGGUCAGCCCGGACGGAGAGCGGGUGGCACUGGCUGGGAUGCAAGGACACGUCAUCACACUCAGAACAGACGGAGACCGCCUGGUACCGGCCGCCGACCGUCAGGUGCUGGACGGAAAGGUGUACAGUCUCCACUGGGUGGACGCGGGGCAACUACUGGUCUGUGACGGCGCCGGACAGCUGCACGUUCUCACAGAUGUCGGUGGUGCGCUGUGUGUGAGCCGCCGGCACCAGCUGCCGCCCAGCAGACAGCGCUGGGUGACGGCCGCUGCCCUCUGUCCACCCGGGACACUGGUGGCAGCCGACAGAGACGGCUGGUUGUACGUCUUCCUCCCGGACAGGAUGGAGCCAAUUCAAACCCUGCGGCGACUCGUCGGGCGCUACGGAGCUACCUCCAUCACCCACCUCUCUGGUUCUGGACCAGAUGUCGCUACCUGUCCCGGCCCGUCCGACUCCGGUCCAGAUGUCGCCACCAGUCCCGGCCCGUCCGACUCGGGUCGUACGCUGCUGGUGACAGCUCGGGACGGUACUGCCCGCCGGCUGAGGGUCGCCGAGGACGGCCUGCUCCGUCAGACCGGCUGUCUGCGACUGCCCUGGGACUGGGCGGCGGCGGCUGUUCAGCUAGACGGUCAGCAGGCGGUCGUCGGAUUCCAUGGCAAUCAGCUGGUGUUGUGGUCGGUAUCUGCCGAGCGGGAGCUCUGGCGAGUGGACUGCGGCGGCGGACACCGCUCCUGGGCACUCUCCGUCUCUCAGCGCCACUGCUGGCUCAGCUGGGUGACUGAGGGCAGCGUGCGGCACGUGACCUGUCCCCUGGCGCACCUUCGCACCACAGUCGUCAUGGCCGGUAUUCAGGGCGGCGGCACGCUGUCGGCGGCGCUGCUCGGCUCCGCUCCAGACGGCGGCUCUCUGGUGGCUCUAUCCGGUCAGGACGGCACAGUCCGCCUCAUUUCCGCCGGCCCUGCGCUCUCUCCGUCCCUCCCACCCCUCUCUCCGUCUCUCCGUCCGCUCUGCACUCUGCGCGGUCACAUUAGCGCCGUGCGAGCGGUGUGUGCCGCCGGUUCUUCCCACCUAGUAUCGGCCGGCGGCCGAGGUCAGGUGCUCCUCUGGGGACUCACAGACGGCGGCACGGCGGCACUCCAACUCAGCGAGCGCAGGGUCAAACCGGAGAGUCGGCGCCGGGUCGAGGAUACACCAGAGACCCGGUACAUGGACCUGGCGGCACGUGUGGACGGCGGGACGGUGACUGUGGCCGCCGCCGGCUCCGACGGAAUGGUCAGACUGUUCGGGUUCCGUGCCGACUCUCCGGCGCCACGCCUCUCGCUGCUGGCCUCUGUGCCCGUGGCCGACCGGUGCCUGCUGAGACUGCGGUGGCUGGGCUCGGAGCGGCUGGCGGUCGCAGGCACUGAUGGCGCCCUCUGGCUGUGGGAUACGCCGGUGAUGACUCCAGGAGAGGAAGUGAGCGGGGUCGGGCGGGCAGGAACGGGGUCGGAAGAGUCUGAUACGGAGUCAAGACUCAACUCUGGAUUCGAACGAGGGUCGACACAUGAGCUGGAAAGAGUGAUGAAGGAAGUGAGACAAAAGUCUGUGGAAGAGUCGGCACUGGAUUCAGAGGAGAAAUCAGAAUCUGUUCGGAAUUCAGUACCAGACCCUCGCCAUGAUAGCAGCGAACCAUCAGGCGCUAUGGACCUCAGGUCUCACCCAUCACACCCUGCACAGUCGCCCAGCGAUCCUGUGGAUCCUGUGCGUCUUCCAUCGCUGCACCAGUCGGGCAUUAACGCUCUGGAGGUGGCGUCCGACGGCGCGGGCUGCGCCACAGUUGUCACUGGUGGCGAUGACGGCGCGGUCCGGCUGAGCGAGCUUUCUUCAGACGGGCGGCUGACGCGCCGAGCGGAGCUGGCUCCGGCGCAUGGAUCACAGGUCACUGGCGUGGCCAUGCUGCCCGGCGGCAGUGUCCUCUCUGUCGCUAUCGACCAGCGUCUCUGCGUGUGGCGGCGCCCGGCCGGCUCCGAUAUCCUAACGAUGGAGGCCUGUCAUCUCACACCGGUGGCCGACGUCAAGGGACUCCUGCACUGGACCGAUCGACAAGGCCGCGACCUGGUACUGGUGUAUGGGGAGGGUGUGGAGCUGGUGCGUCUCGAACUGACCGGGUCUGACCGGUCCCCCAACAUCUCAGGAAGCCAACACCGGUAACACUUAGUGUGCUCUGUCCUGAAAGUGGCCUGUGAGCGUUCGGGAAAACACCUCCGGUAACACAUUAUAGUGUGCUCCGUCCUUGGGCGCAGUAGAGGAGGUGCCGGUGCCCUUUGUUAAGUGGCGUCCGCUCAGAGUCAAAGCUCAAUGCACUAUGCUAGUCAGUCACGACGUUACCAUCAUAACACUGCCAGAAUGAGUCGCACUUGCGGUUCAUUAUUUGUCUGAAUCAUCAACUACAGUGUUGUGAUAUUGCUGACAAUAGUUGUUAGUGUGUUACGACUUGUGAGUACCGGGCUGACCACAUUAAGGCUGUGUCAUUGUUCGUGGGUGUUUGGAAUUGUUAGGGCCGUGAAGGGUGGAUGUUGGUUGCUGUUGCCUUUUUGUGAACUUUGUACAGAUAAUUUGAGUGAUAAAUUUACUGAUAAGGGACCAGCUGAGCUUGAGAUGAUUUUCCACGCAUUUUUGUGCAACGGAAAGGAGAUUUGUCACGGUUUUAAGCAGUACCUGACACCUGUCGCUCCUGAUGUUUAGGUGCGAGGCGCGUGUGUUGUGUUUUGUAUUUGUGUGACAAAAUUGCUAAUAAUCACCAUUGAAAUUUUA